GGGUGGGGGGCCGCGGCGCUCCGCCGCUCCCUCGUCUCUCAGAGCCUCGCGCCCGCCGGCGGCCGCCACGUCUCGCGAGAGGAGGGCCGGCGGCGGGGGAUGCGCGGGCCGUGCCGGCUCCGCGGGCUGCAGGGACGUAUGCGCGCCCUCCGGCCCCGCCAUGCGCGGCGGGAAUGCCCCGCCGCGCUCGCCCGCCGGCACCCACACCGGCCGCUCGCCGGCGUCGGCGCCCGCCCCGCAUGGCGGCCGAGGCGGCUUCCGCUCGCCCCCCCACAGCUGCCCGCAGAGCUCUGCGGCUGGGGGGGGGCGCCCUGUGGGAUGGCGGUCACGCCGUCGCGGGGCUCCGAGGCCGGGGCAGGCCUGGGGGCCACCGUCCCCGGUGCCGGCUGUGCCCCGCCCGCUGGCCUCUCGCCUGGUCACAGCCCUGCAAAGCCCCCAGCCCCGCUUCGAGACGCCUCGGCGUGGCCUCUGUCGUACGCCGCCUAGCUGCUCCUUAACCGUGCCCGGGCGCGCGGCCCGCGUGGCGGAGUGCAGGGAUGCGGUAUGUGCCCGCCGGAACGCGUGGCCGCGGCGUGGCGGCGUGCGCAGUGAACCUUCCCAAGAGGAUCAAUCAAGUGUUAAUAUGAACAAGGUGGAUCUGGAGAAUCACAUCACCUAAGGUGUGGCUGAGACUUCUGAAAAUUGGUUAGAGACACAAUGCAGUCAGCUGCUAUCAGCCAUCUGCCUUGGACUUCUGGCCCACAUGGAAGAGGAACCAUGCUGGAAAGGGAUUCAGACAAGCCUGAAGAAUCCUGCACUGCCUGGAAGAGGAGCCAAGUCAGGUGUUGAAGGGUGACAGGAGUGACACCAGGGCUCAGCACUGGAACUAGAAAAAAAAGGGGAUGCUGCAGUACUGCUUCAGUUCAUUUCCUGACAAAAACAGUCGUAAAAUUUAUGAAGCUAUUACCUCUGGCAUGGAAGGAAUGAGGAUAACAAUAAAAGCAUCUUAUCAUCUGAAAAUAUAUUAGCUUGUCUA